UGACUACAUUUAGAUGAAUGAAUAAUAGUAGAAAAAGCUUGCAAGAAUGUGUUGGGGACAAACCCAUCAAAUCCCACCUCUUUUCUUACUUCCACUCCUUCUUCACAAAACAGCUGGUUUUCCUUCACAGAUAAGGAUUCAUAUCAGCAUCAUUCUUCUUUCUUUUUGCAAAGUCACAUUCAUAGUUAGAACCAAUAGUAGCCUUUCAUGGAUAUUGUGAGCCCAAAAGAUUAUUCUGUGUCUUCAAGUCCUUACUCUUCACCCAACAUAGGGGUCCUGCUCAAAAUUAAGGUCAUUACAUGGAGUCAAGAGACUGGUUUUCCUGUGUCUGUCAGAGUUAGAGUUAAAGACAAAUUGUUCAAUCUCCACAAGCUUCCUCUGACUUCAAAGAGUGGAUACUUCAAGAAGAGGCUAAAUGACACGUCUGAGAUUGAACUGCCAGAAACUUUCCCUGGAGGACCAGAAGCCUUUGAGAUGAUUGCCUUGUUUGUUUAUGGAUCCUCCACAUUGAUUGACCCUUUCAAUGUAGCAGCACUGAGGUGUGCAGCAGAGUUUCUUGAAAUGACUGAAGAACACUGUUCUGGCAACCUUUGUGAAAGGUUUGACCUUUACCUGAACCAAGUUGUGUUGCAAAACUGGGAUGACACACUCAUUGCACUGCAAAGGUGCCAAAUGCUGCUUCCUUGGUCUGAGGAUCUUCUGAUAGUGAGUCGCUGCAUCGAAUCUCUCGCAUUCAUGGCUUGCAUGGAGAUCCUUGAUCCUGAGAGAAUGAGAGACACAACACAAGUUGUUACAUUGGAAGAACUAGCUUCCCAAGCUUGGAACUGUGAAAUGAUAAGCCAAGAGCUUUGGAUUAAGGAUCUGAUUGCUCUGCCUUUUGGUUUUUUCAAAAGGGUCAUAGGAUCUUUGAGGAGACAAGGGAUGAAAGAGAAGUAUGUGAGCACAAUCAUUGUUUUCUAUGCAAACAAGUGGGUGCUUUCUGAAAAGACACUCCAAUUUUGUGAGAAGAUCAAUGGAGAUGGCAACAAAGGUACUUCAGGAUUUCUACAAGGUGUUGUUGAUCUUCUUCCAAGAGGUGAUAAGGGUAGGAAAGUGAUUCCUGUUGGAUUCUACUUUGCCUUGCUUUCAAGAUCUCUUGAGUUUGGAUUGAGAAUUGAAAGUAAAGCAAAGCUGCAAGACCAGAUUGCAUCAAUGUUGCACUUUGCUCAAGUGGAGGAUUUUCUUCUUCCUGAAAGUGGUACAGUGUCAGUGUCCUCUAGCUUGGAGUUGGAAACCAUGGAAAGCAUAGUUUCAGCAUAUGUAGUAUCCAACUCACACAUGAACCACACCCCAGAAGCUAGCAAUUUCAGGGUUGCACAACUAUGGGAUGAGUAUCUAUCCAAUGUGGCUGCAGAUCCAAACAUGGCACCUCAGAGAUUCAUGGAACUCAUUGAAAGGGUGCCACCAUCUUAUAGACAGAAUCAUUAUCCACUCUAUAGGGCAAUCGACAACUUUCUCAAGACACAUCCAAGUAUAUCCCAAGAUGACAAGGGAGCAGUGUGCAAAUAUCUUGACUGUCAAAGAUUAUCACAAGAGGCAUGCAUUGAAGCUGUUCAAAACGAGUUGAUGCCUCUAAGACUAAUUGUCCAAGCCCUUUUUGUUCAACAACUCAACACUCACAAAGUAUUCAAAGAAUGCUCAGAUUCAUUUAGAUAUGCACAAUGUGGAGAGUUAUCAGGAAGCAUACCAAACUCUAGUCAGUGCCCAUAUUCUGCAAGCCAGAAUCUAGUAGAAAGCCCAUACACUGAUGGGCCUGAUCUAGGUACUGGUACCAGGCCCUUGGGCUUCCUGCUCAAGAAAGACCUUGUGAUGCAGAAUUUCAAGUUUUCAACUACAGAAUAUGAGUCCACAAGCUUCAGGAUUCAGAAUCUUGAACAAGAACUCAUGACCUUGAAAAAAAGCCUUCAGCUGCAAAACAUUGUGACAACAAAAGCAGAACCAAAUUUGAUCAAAACACAGAAGAUGAUGGAGCCAUCAUGUGGGUUAGAAACUAGAUCACUGAGCAAAAGGAGGAAUAACACAAUUGGAGAGGGUGCUAGUUGCAUGAGUUCUGUGAAUUUUGCUUCACAGAGAAAGUAUGCUAGCCGGUUACUCAAGGUGUUUCGCCGCAUUACUUUGUUUGGAAGUAGGAAACUGAAAAGAAAAUCAGGAACUCCUAGCCAAUUGUCCAAGUAAAUGUAGCAUAAGCACUUCACUGUUAAAAUGUAUGAAUAUGGAUACAGUAGUAACAACUGAGAGUUGGAAGAUCAA